GAUCACAACCAGCACUGUAUAAAGACCUACCAGCUCAAUGUCUCAACACCUCUCUUGACUCUUGAGCUGCUCAGAAAACCUGCUCAAGCUGACAGCCAAAGGACGAAGAAAAAGAAGAAUUUGGAUUCAUACACGUUUCUGAACCGCAGUGUCUCAAAGCGGUUUACACCUUAUCAGAAUCAUCUCCUAAUCCACAAAAAAUGUCAUACGGCGGUGAGCGGAACCAAUGUUAUGCCAGCUGUCCAGCAUCCACAGUGGCAAUUCAACCGCCACCAUUUGUCUUGACCAUCCCCGGACCUGCUCUCUAUUGUCCCAACCAACCACUUCACAUUGAACAGUUCAACCCAUGUGCAGGAUCUGGUGGUGGAUAUGGCAGCAUGGGAGGAGGUGGUUUUGGUGGUGGCCAUGCUAUGGGUGGUAGUGGGGGUUUGAGCAUUGGUGGAAGUAUGGGUGGAGGAGGUAUGGGUGGAGGCUAUGGCAUGGGGGGGCUGGGUGGUAGUGGUGGAAGUAUGGGUGGCCUUGGCAGUGGUGGUUUUGGUGGCAGGAGUGGUGGAUUAGGGGGUGGUAUGAGUAGUGGUAGCUUGGGCACUGGUGGUAGCAGAGGUAGAUCGACAGGAGGUCUGGGUGGUAGUUCUGGUCGGCGUGGAUCAGCAGGAUCAGGUGGCAGCUUAAGUCGUGGCACUAGUGGUGGCACAUCAGCAGGAGGUCUAGGUGGUAGUUCUGGUAGACGUGGAUCAGGUAGCAGCUUAGGUGGUGGUACUGGUGGUGGCCUUGGCAGCAGAGGUGGAUCAGCUGGAGGUAUGGGUGGUAGUUCUGGUCGACGUGGCUCAGGAGGAUCAGGUGGCAGCUUAGGUGGUGGCACGAGUGGUGGUCGAAUCAGCACUGGCACACCAGCAGGAGGUCUAGGUGGCAGUUCUGGUAGACGUGGAUCAACUGGAUCAGUUGGAUCAGGUGGAUCAGGCGGCAGCUUAAGUCGUAGUGCUGGGGGUGGUCGAAUCAGCAGUGGCAUGUCAGCAGGAGGUAUGGGUGGUAGUACUGAUAGACGUGGAUCAGCUGGAUCAGGUGGCAGCUUAAGUCCUGGCAUGGGUGGUGGUCGAAUCAGCAGUGGCGCAUCAGCAGGAAGUAUGGGUGGUGGUUUUGGUGGUGGUAGCCCAGGGGGCGGUGUUAUUGUGGGUGGUGGAUCAGGAGGCAGUUUGGGAGGUGGUGGAUUUGGUGGAGGAAUGAGCCGUGGCGGCAGAAGAUUCAGUGGAUCUGCCUCUGGUGGCCGAGGAUAUGGCAGUACAUAUGGUGGCAGAGGAUUUGGUGGCAGCUUAUCUGGUGGCAGAAGAUACAGUAGCAGUGGAUUUGGAGGAGGAUACAGUGGAGCAGGAUAUGGUGGAAGCAUCUAUGGUGGCAGCGGAUACGGGGGCAGCGGAUACGGGGGCAGCGGAUACGGGGGCAGCGGUUAUGGUAACUGUGGAUACGGGAACUGUGGGUAUGGCGAUAGUGGAUUUGGUGGCAGCGGAUAUGGUGGAAUGACAUACGGUUGCCCCCCUGGCAGAAGCUACACAAGUUUUGGUACCUCAUUCUACCAUUACUGAACCCAAGUGAACCCAAGUGAAAUAGCCCCAGCACCUGUUGGAGAGAGAAAACUGAUUUCAAAGCAUGACCUUGUCGCAACGUACUUCCGAAACGUACUUGAGCCUGCUGAGUGUGAUCUGAUUGUUCAAGAUGCCUACGCUCGGCAUGUCUACACUUGAAUUGUGAGCACACAUUUUCUGUUCCAUGUAAGAACAUGAGAAAGAAAAAAAAACUCACAUUCAUUUCUUCCAGUGUCGCAUUCCAGCCUAUACAUCUACUAACUUCACAAGUAUGACUAUCAGGGGAGGACACAGAUCCAUGCUCCUUUUCCCUAACCUGUGGGAUAGACAAAAGAUUCAGACUUGUGCGUUUAAAUGCUGAUUGUGUAGGCCCUUCGUGUCACAAAUGAAAUAAACCCUGCAAGAAUCAAACAAGCUGAAGUAUUUAGAGAGCACUGUUAACUUUCUGGAUGUUGAAAUGACAACGACAAAGAUGCAAGCUGAUGUAGAUCUCUUCAUUUGUGAUCGUUCAUCCUUCGGAAACAUUCUAGUUCAUGUUUGUUCUCUUGUCCUUUUCAUUAAAGCUUCCUUUGCAUCACAAA